ACUUAUUUUUGUUUUUAUUGAGUAAAAUUUAAAGUACCGUUUUUGGUCUUAUAUCAAAACUACAGAUUUAAUUAGGAACGGAUUUAGAGUAAAGAAAUUUUCGUCAUUUUGUAAUUUCCACCUUAAGCGUGUUAACUGUUAUCUAUUGAACUCGUUCAAUGUACUCCAAUACUCGCAAUGAUGAACUCGAACCUCGUCCGGCACCCAAGCCCACACAUUUUCAAGAAUUGUCAGCCAAACCUGAAGUCCCAGAAUUAUCAGUGGUUUUUGAUUCGUCAGAAAAUAAUUCAAAGUCAUUAAAUAGGCACCCACCAUAUCACACUAACAGCCAAAAUACUCAUGAAACGUAUAGUGAAUGGAAAAAUCGUCAAAAUCGCUCGCCUCCAGUAUAUAAAGAUACUCGUUACUAUGAGCCAAAUAAACAAUAUUAUGGAUCUUCAUCAUACAGUGAUUGCGAUCAAAAUCCUUAUGGUCGCUUUUCAGAUAAAAAUUCAUACAAAUCUGGUUGCGAGUAUCAUAAAUGUGCCUGCCAGAACACACCAACUGUCAAAGAUAUUUACAGCAUGAUGCAAUUACAAAAUGAUCAAAUGAAAUUUCUUUUAGAAACCAUACAAAAAUUGUUAGUCACUGUAUUAACGAAUCAGCAAAACCAACAUAAAUGUUGUUGCUCUGAAAAUGGUCAUUAUAAAAAAGUUAAUGAUUCUAAAUCAACUGAAGUGCUUGAAAAAGAACAAGCUCAAGAAAAAUGUCCUUCACAAUAUGUUCACAACAACCAUACAGAAAAACUACAAACCAAUUCAAAAAAAUCUGAAACUGUGCAAAAAAAAAAUGAACCAAAUCAAAAUGUAAAAUAUUCAGAUAAACCAGACAUCACUCCUGUAAUAAAACAAAAACCAAAAAAUUCAGUUAGUACCAGAUGUGAUAAUAGUAAAGAUGAAAAAGUAAACACAAAAGAGAAAGAAAGAACGUACUCUGUCAUAAGUGAUGAAUCAUUUGAUUUGAAUGCAAAUGAUGUUCAAGUUAUUGAGGAUCCAAUAUCUCCUGAACAAUCGAUUCAUAUUGAAAUGAAAUCAUCAUCUGAAGAUAGUGAAAAUAGUGAAUGUGAAGAAAAUGACAAACAAAUUGAAGUAGGGUGGACAAUGUAUAAAAAUAUUAUUGGACAAGUAAAUAACUUACUUGAAGAUAAUAAAAGUGAACAAAAAUGUAAUGUAGCUGAACAAAUAGAAUGUGUUAAACCUACGGCCACAAUUACACCAAAGAAUUUUGAACCAUACAAACAUUUAAUGUUACCCGAAAAUAGUAAAAUAGACUCCAGCUUACAAAUGCAAGCGCUUGCUAUGCAGUAUUUAUCACCUGAACAAGCCGUAAAGUUUGAUAUGAAUAAACAUUUUGUGCCAAAAACACAACCUACCAUGAAAUCUCCAAAUAACUAUUCUAUUUCAACACUACAUUACAUGGAAAGAUAUCAUCUGAUUGCACCUGAAAAAUCCCAUACUUCAGAAAAUCCUCAAGAAAAAUUACCAACAGAAGGAUUAUUAAACAAAAAUAAAAAAUCAUUGCGGAAAAGUAAAACUCCUUCAAAAAUACUUAAUAUUACUGAACUUAAACAACAACCAAAAUUAUCAUAA